AUGACGGGCCGGGAUGCUGGUCAGGAUGCUGGUCGGGAUGCUGGUCGGGAUGCUGGUCGGGAUGGUCGUCAGGAAUAUGGUCAGGAUGGGCUCAGGAUUCUCAGGAUUCUCGCAGCUGCCGGCAUGCGCAUGAUUCGAGCCUGUCUCUUCCUUCCGGCUGCCGAGCUCCACAAUGGCGCCGAGGGCAGCGUCGCCAUGCCGCCAGCAGCCAUGCCGCCAGCAGCCAUGCCGCCAGCAGCCACGUCGAUGGCGGCCACGUCGCUGUUUUGUGGACCGCCAGCCCGUCAAGUUCGCACGUCUGGACGGUUGCUUCCGGCCUGCCCUUACAAACUCUUCGCCGCCGCCAACGUCGGACGUCGCAUCGGAUCCUUGCGAGCUUAA